AAUAUAAAAAGCCUUGCUGUCAAUUGAUUUUUUAAUGUUUUGCCCUACUUUACUUGACCGGACUGGAUUAACACAGGAGGAUGGUUUUAAUUACUGUCAGAUUAAUUGUGCUGGUUGUCAUAUAAAUAUGGAGCAGCAGGAGCUAGGCGGGGAGAAAGCCAGUAGAAGUUUUUACACAUCUGCGUUUGGAGGGCACUCGAGUCGCUCUUCGUCUUAUUUCCUGUCGGAUACACUGAACUCUCUGAGCCCCGAGCCUCUAUCGUCUUAUGUAUCUUUUCCCAACGCAGCGUCUUGUACCAACUCGCAGGUUGCUUUUGGGUGUCACUUCGCCAACAGUUUCUACAGUUGCAAAGCUCCUCCAAGCGCUGUGUUUCAGCAACGAGUCAUGAACCACCACAGUGUUAAUGGGAAAGUAUAUGGACACUUGGCUGAUAAACAAGAUGUGAUGGAUUUCAGUAGAGCCGCAAUACACUGCAGUGAAGGUCCGACCCGGGUUCGGGACGUUGGUGUGUAUCAGGGCUAUGCAGGACCCUAUAGGAUCCCUGGAUAUAUUGAUGUCCCUGUAGUUCAGCGCGCCAGGACCAGAGAUCACAAACAUGAAAGUCAUUUCGUAAUGGAGGACUGCGAGCCCUGGAACUGGUCGAGCAGUUGGAACAACCAAAUUUAUUGUCCGAAAGAGCAAACGGCCAGCCCGCAUAUCUGGAAAUCGUCACUAGCAGAAGACACAGCGCCUGAUACCGGCCCUUUUCUUCGGCGCGGGAGGAAGAAACGGGUUCCCUAUACGAAACUGCAGCUGAAGGAACUCGAGCAUGAAUACACCAUUACAAAGUUUAUUACCAAAGAGAGGCGACGACGGAUAGCCUCCUCGACUAACCUGUCAGAGAGACAAGUCACUAUAUGGUUUCAGAAUCGCCGUGUCAAAGACAAGAAAAUUAUUUCAAAAAUAUCUAAAGACUUUGAAUCUUUUUAAGAAAUUACCACCUAAACUAAUUUUAUACUCAAUUCAAUGUCGUUAAUGUUCUGAAGCUCCUUAUUUGUAGAAAUGUGUCAAAAUGUGCUGUACGUUUGAUCGAUAUAUCAAUUUUAAAGGCUUUAAAUAUAUUAUUGAAUAAUUAGUGUUGUUCUGCAAGAACCACUAUUAUUUUAGACACAUGAUCUUAAGGGUUAAGGCUACUGAAAAGACAUUAUAUACGCUAUAUAUUAAUCCUACGAUAUAAGUUUAUUCUAUGGUAAGGCAAUUCCGGUUUAUACACUUCGGUUUUGUUUAUACAGAUGUUAUCAAUGAUUUGCUUCAAUGUUUUCUCAAUAAAGUGUC